ACAGACCUCUCCUCUCACUCCGCUACAGGCCGUCUAGGAGAAGUUACGAUGUAUCGAUGGAAAAGGUAAAGAACGCGGGGAAUGGAAUUUAUCAAUCAAGCUCACGACAAGUUGAAAAACAUACAUGGACAACAUGAUGCCAGCGGAUUAGGAAGCUGAGAGUCUGGAAAUGCCACAGUGCCGCCACUGAUGUCAUGAUGAGGACCUAUACCCGUGGGGCCCCCACAGUGUUCUUCAUAAGUCUAGUGUGUGCCAACCUUGUCCGGGCACGCGCCGAGAUAGACUCCAGUGGGGGCAUCCCUUUCCUGGGGGGCAACUAUGACGGCCAUCCCAUGCUGUACUUCAGCCAGUCGGACGUGGAGGACCUCCAGCGCGCCGCCGCCGAGACGCACCAGGGCAUCGCCGGCCGCAUCCGCGAGGCAGGGGAGGCCAUGCUGGAGCGCCCCGAGGAGUACCUGCCGCCCUGGGGCCCCGCCGAGUUCAGCGCCCGCUGGAACGAGGUCUACGGGAACAACCUGGGCGUGCUGUCCAUGUUCUGCCUGCUCUACCCGCACCGGGCCGGGGCCCUGGAUCUAGUGCGCGACUACAUGGAGCGGAUGGCAGCUCAGCCUAGCUGGUUGGUGAAAGACGCACCAUGGGACGAGGUGCCUAUGGCUCACUCCUUGGUGGGCUUCGCCACGGCCUACGACUUCCUGUAUGAGUACCUGAGUAAGCGGCAGCAGGAGCGCUUCCUACAGGUCAUUGGCAACGCCUCUCGCUACAUGUAUGAGAAGUCCUACCAUCGGGGUUGGGGCUUCCAGUACUUGCACAACCACCAGCCAACCAACUGUGUGGCCCUUCUAACCGGCAGCCUCGUCCUCAUGGCCCAGGGUUAUCUGCAGGAAGCAUACCUAUGGACCAAGCAAGCUCUGGAUGUUAUGGAGAAAUCGAUGGUACUUCUGCAGGAUGUGACUGAUGGGUCGCUGUAUGAAGGCGUGGCCUAUGGAACUUACACCACUCGCUCCCUCUUCCAAUACAUGUUCCUGGUCCAGCGGCACUUUGCCAUCAGCCACUUUGACCACCCAUGGCUUCAGAAGCACUACGCUUUCUUGUACCGGACUCUACUGCCAGGUUUCCAGCGCAGUGUUGCCAUUGCAGACUCCAACUACAACUGGUUCUAUGGUCCAGAAAGCCAGCUUGUGUUCUUGGACCGAUAUGUAAUGCGAAAUGGCAGUGGGAACUGGCUUGCUAACUUGAUCCAAAAGAACCGUGUAGUGGACGGGCCAGGCCAAGCAGGAAAAGGCCAGAGAUGGUGCACACUGCACACAGAGUUUCUCUGGUAUGAUCCAAGGCUAACACCCACACCUCCUCCUGAUUAUGGACAAUCUAGACUUCACUACUUUGAGGACUGGGGAGUGGUCACCUAUGGGAGUGCCUUAUCAGCCACGCUCAACCACACCUUUCUCUCCUUCAAGUCAGGGAAGCUGGGGGGACGUGCCAUAUAUGACAUUGUACACAAGAACAAGUACAAAGAGUGGAUUAAAGGCUGGCGUAACUUUAACGCAGGACAUGAGCACCCUGACCAGAACUCUUUCACCUUUGCUCCAAAUGGGGUCCCAUUCAUCACAGAGGCUCUCUACGGUCCAAAGUACACUUUCCUCAACAAUGCAGCCAUGUUUUCCCCUGCUGUGUCAGAGAGCUGCUUUGCGCCAUGGGAGGGCCAGCUAACCGAGGCCUGCAACUCCAAGUGGCUGAAAUACAAGCAUGGCCCAGCAGCAGACUGCCUGGGCAGAGUAGAGGCAGUCCUGGAGAGACAGGGGAUGGUGUUCAUCCGCGGAGAGGGCAAAUAUGCUUACAGUGAAGAUCUGAAGAUCCAGAGUUUUCAGAGGAACCUCCUCCUGCUUCACCCUCAGCUACUAAUUCUGGUGGAUUACAUCCAGUUGGAGGACGACAGCCCGACAAGGACCAUGAGCAGCUUCUUCCACAACACUGACCAACCUUUCAAAGACAUCACAAUGAAUGGCAUUUAUGGCGCCUUCAUCAAACAAGAUGAGGAGGCCUACAAAAUGUUUUGGAUGGAUGACACGGGCCACAGUGAACGAGGAGUUCUGGGAUACAAGGGCUAUCCCCGUGGAUAUCCUUACAAUGGCUCCAACUAUGUGAAUGUGACUAUGCCUCUGAGGCUCCCCCACAACAGAGUGGCUUACAUCUUCUUUGGGCCAGGGAUGGAGGUGCAGAGCUUCAAUAUGAGAGGAGACGCACAGCGAGUUGACAUUUAUCUGACAACCAAGGAGCACACCUACACCAUCUACCUGCUCACUGGCGAUAGGGCGACCAAGCCGCUGUUUGCCAUGGUCCUAGCCAACGACAAGAAGAUUGUGUUUGAGAAGGCGGCUGGAGUGCAGGACAGCGAGCUGCAGGAGGUGGAGGAGUACGUGAACGUGGUGGAGGACAACCUUCAGCACGUCAAGCCCGUCUUUCAGCACCUGGAGAGGCAGAUACUCGCUCGGGUGCUCAACACGGAUCAUUUCCGCAAGACCGCCGAGCGCCUCCUUCAAUUCUCUGACAAGAAGAAGACAGAGGAAACUGUCGAGAAGAUGUUUGCUUUGACCAAGAAGCAGGGCAAAGGUAAGGUCGGCAAGAAAGGUAAUCUUGGAGACAGACUUUCAGACAGUCUACCGGACAUUUUUGCUUUGAUUGAGGGCAGUGAAAAGAAGGAGAGGCAGAGGACAAUGAAGCGUGUGUAUGAAGAGGUCCCGGAGGAAGGGGACGGCGACUCUAGGGCUUUCGUGGAUUACUCCGAUAUCCGCAAAGGCAAGAAGGCCGGCUUUAUAAAGGGCCGGAAAUACAAGGAAGUUCAUAUGCUGGCUACAGCCAGGAGCGAAGACCUGUCCAACACCACCUCAUACAUACGGAUAUUCCUCAUUCUAAACAUUGCCACUUUCAUCCUGCUCCUGGCUGUGCUGUUGACCCGCUUCCAGAGGGCCCAAAGUCUGCACACCCAGAGGUGUUUCUACUGUGUCCUCAUCAUUGACAGCUUCAUCCUGCUUUGUUUGUAUUCGUCAUGUUCUCAGGCACAGUGCUGACAUCCUCACACUGUGCCGCCGUGUUGUUAAUUUAAUCCACACUCAAAACCUCUGCCGUUUACAGAGGGUGAAUAUGUGUUGCACACCCGACCUGAGCCAACCUAAUGGGGGUGUUGAGGAAAUGUUAAUUCCAAAUAGGAAUUGAUAGAUUACCGUGUUUAGCAAGAUCACCUUUGAGAUUGUAAGCUUCUGUGGAGCUUUAGAAUCAAGUUGAAUGAACUCUUGACAUGCAACAGACUUCCUGCCUCACGUCAAACAUCUCCCAGGCUAGCCACUAAAAUGCAGAGAUGUCAUGUCAUGGCCUAUGCAGAAUGGGAAAUGACACAGAAUGGGAAAUGUCCUAAGUUUCUCAAGAAUAUAUAUAAGUGUAUAUAUGUUAAAACAAGAUAUAUUUUUCAAGUUAUUUUAUACUCUUUGUAAUUAAAGUACAGAAAUCUGA